CUUCUUUGCAGUCGUAGAAUAUCCCAAAAAUUCCAGAACGUUCUGGAGGUUUCAGGAACUUCAAGUCCGAGCGGUGCUGUAUCUCCUCGACGCUUCAUCCUAUAAAACUCUCCCGCUCCUUGAAACCGUUUCCUUCAUAGUUUCUCGUUCGAUCAUUUAUUAGCAGAGAAGAGAAAACCAGAGAUUAUUUUAGGGUUUUGGGUUUUUGUUUCCGACGAAGCAACAAUGGCGGACGGCGGACCCAACUGGGAAGGACUGCUCAAAUGGAGCCUCGCUCACUCCGAUGGCACUCGCCCCAAUCGCAAUUUGAACGAGGAGGAACGGAAGUGGUUUAUGGAAGCGAUGCAGUCGCAGAGUGUCGAUGUUGUAAAGAGGAUGAAGGAGAUAUCGCUUGUAAUGCAGACUCCUGAGGACGUCUUGGAAGCUCAGGGAGUUACUUCUGCUGACAUAGAAGAUUUGUUGGAUGAGUUGCAGGAGCAUGUUGAGUCCAUUGACAUGGCCAAUGAUCUUCACUCCGUUGGCGGUUUGGUCCCUCUUCUUGGUUACCUAAAGAAUUCCCAUGCUAAUAUCCGUGCAAAGGCUGCAGAAGUUGUGACCACUAUUGUCCAGAACAACCCCAAGAGCCAGCAAUUGGUUAUGGAAGCGAAUGGCUUAGAAUAUCUGUUUACUAAUCUAGCAUCUGACCCUGAUGUCACGGUUCGAACAAAAGCCCUUGGAGCAAUUUCCUCUUUAAUCCGGCACAACAAACCCGGUAUCACUGCAUUUCGUCUGGCAAAUGGUUAUGCAGCCUUGAGAGAUGCUUUGGCUUCUGACAACGUGAGAUUCCAGAGGAAAGCUCUGAACUUGAUUCAGUUGCUACUGCACGAGAAUAGUUCUGAUUGCAACGUAGUAACGGAGCUAGGAUUUCCACGCAUAAUGUUGCACCUAGCCUCUAGCGAAGAUCUAGAAGUACGAGAAGCUGCACUUCGGGGCCUUCUUGUGCUCGCCCAAGACAAAACUGAUGGGGCCAAUAGUAGGUUAGCUGAUGAAGAUGAGAAGUUGAAGCAACUUCUUCAAGAACGAAUUAAAGGUAUAAGGUCGAUGUCUCCUGAAGAUCUAGGGGCAGCUAAAGAAGAGAGGCAGCUGGUGGACUCACUCUGGAAUGCCUGCUUCAACGAGCCAUCUUCUCUUCGUGAGAAGGGGCUUCUUGUUCUCCCUGGGGAAGAUGGACCGCCACCUGAUGUUGCAAGCAAGCUUUUUGAACCUCGUCUUAGAGCUUUCUCUCCAAAUCCUGCUGAUACAAAACCUGCUACUGAGACGAAAGAAGCUCCUCCUUUGCUGCUAGGAUUAGGUCCUCCAUCCGAGGCUGCAAAUGCUCAAGGUAGUUCUGGUGACAGAGAUGAUACGAAUGGUAGCUCACGGUCCAAUUAAUGACGUAGCCAUUGCUGUUUAUGCUGCCUGUAUUUAGCUCAGUGAACUUGUUUUAGUGUAUCAUACUGUUUUGUUGUAAUUUCGUUUAUUCCCCCGCACCCCAAAACUUGUAUUUCCAUUUGGAUUCACAGGAAUUUUUGCUUGCAUACUUAUUA